AUGACCAGAGCUCCAGUGUGCAAGAAGAAGGACAAGCUGUCGGUCCGCCUUCGGAUGUCGAGCUACUGGAGACGUCAGAACCAGUACAUCCAACGUAUCUGGGGAAGACUCACCAGUCGUUCGGGGACCACCCAGAUUUCCCCUGCUCCGAUGGAGCAAGUCCAACGGCACGAGAUGAGUCUUCUCCACGAAGCUUGUGCUCGUCUUCUGAAGACUAUCCAACUGGAUAAUGAGCGCCAGAAGAAGUGGAAAGAAGAUUUUUGA